AAAUUAAUCAAGAUCCUCAACACAUCUGCCUACUGGCGCGUCGACUCUUAAACAAUAAUUGCCUAACUUUACUGUUUCGUACUAAACGAUAUAGGAACAAGCACCUGCUGAAGAACGCUCACCAGCACCACUCGAACCAAUGUCGGGUGACUAUAACAACGACGACGACAAUGUUCAAGACAACAACAACGACAAACGCUCACGCUCUCGUACCCCUUCUCGUUCACGCUCACGUUCAGCUCCUCGCUCACGUUCUCGCUCUGUCAGCAGAAGCCCAUCGCCUAGACGAGGACGGUACAGCCGUUCGCGUUCGCGCUCACGAACACCAAUGUCACGCUCUCGUAGUCGUAGUCGGUCAUCGUCGCGCUCUUACCGCCGUCGCCGAUCGCCUUCGUAUUCCAGAUCCAGAAGCCGUGAUCGCAGAAGAAGAUUUAGAAGAAGCCCAUCGCCGCGACGUAGCCGGUACAGUCGCUCACCGCCCCGUCGAAAUCGCUACUCAUCGCGCUCAUUAGAAAAGCGCAAGAGUCGUAAGGAGAAGGAGUUCCAUGGCACAAGGGACCAACCUGAAACUUCCAACAUCAUUGGUGUGUUUGGCUUGAACUUGAGAACGCGUGAACGCGACCUUGAAGAAAUCUUUUCGCAAUACGGUCCUUUGGAGCGAGUGACGGUUGUGUAUGACCAUCGACAUCAACGUUCUCGAGGAUUUGGCUUUGUGUACUUUACAAACCAGGAAGAUGCAGCUCGUGCCCGUGAGGCAACGAAUGGCACGGACAUUGACAAUCGUCCUGUUCGUGUGGAUUUCUCUGUGACACAUCGCCCGCACACCCCUACACCUGGCGAGUAUAUGGGUGACAAGCGUGGUGGUGGUGGUGGCGGUGGCGGCGGCGGUGGCGGCAGUGGACGCUACUCCCGAAACAACCGUCGAUACCGACGCCGUAGCCGAUCCCGCUCCCCUUAUUAUAGCCGUAGAAGACGAGGCUCUUACAGAUCGAGAAGUCGCAGUCGCUCUUGGUCUCGUUAAUCGCUUUUUCUUCCACCGCACAUUGUCCUUUAAUUCACAUCAACUGCAAAAAGCCACACACAACCAACGCCUCUUUUUUCUCUUUCUUUUUUCUUUGAACAAAAAUUUAAAAAAAAAUCCAUGAACAGAAACAAAAAUAAACUUGCGUAAAAUCAGUCUAUUAUUUCCAGUAUGGAAGAAAGAAAAAAGCAGACAAUGAGCAGGACCAUUCAUGUGCGAAUAGACCUCGCGUACAUACUUCUAUGCAGGGGCCAAGUGAUGCAUUACUGGCGAGAACUAUGUGCAAGGAUCCAAAGCGGUGUGGAGU